AUGGCGCGACGAAUAGUGCGCACGAUAAUCAAAGUAACGCUUCUCUCGUUCCUUCUUGCUGGUCUUCUCUUCGUUCUGGAAUCUCGUUUUCGCGUGUUGCCGCAAAAGGUCCAUACGGGGGUGCACUACCUCCUUCCCGAACAUCAUGACGGCACCAUCAUAACCGACAUCGAUUACCUCCAAUGCUCGCCGUGGUCUAAUUGCGAGUUGAGCGCCGACGACGGAUGGACCAAGAUUCCGAAGGACCUUUUUCUUGGCGGCUCGUGGUUGCAGAAGGGCUUCCUUCACUUCAAGCGCAAGAAGGAGACCGAGUUUACGCCCGCAUCUGGGGAGAAGGUUGUAUUGGACGUGCGGCUUAGUAGAAAGCAGCCAGAACCUUCGGAGGGCGCGGGAGAUAAGGAAACAGCCUGGGAAGCAAGACCGGGAGGUCUAUGGAUCAAGCGACAGGCGAAGCUGAGCGAAGUUGCCAUCACCGCGGUGGAGGUGCUGUUUGGUCCCGACGCAGUGGAGGUGCGGGAGGGCUGGCAGCUGAAGGAGGGGUCAAUGAGCGUUGGCGAAACGCCGAGAUUGACGGUGAGGAGGGGACAGAAAGUAGAGGUCAAGAAACCGCAGGUCAUGAUGCCGAAGAACCACAAGCUCAAGAUCAUUCAAGUUGCUGACCUUCACCUUUCGACUGGCGUUGGAAAGUGUCGCGAUGCAGCCCCACCGGAGACUGCAAAGAACUGCGAGGCCGACCCCCGAACUCUCGACUUCCUCCGCAAGAUCCUCGACGACGAGAAACCCGACAUCGCGGUGCUCACCGGCGACCAGAUCAAUGGCGACACAGCUCCAGAUGUCCAAACCGCGCUUUACAAAUUUGCUGAACCGUUUAUCUCGCGAAAGAUCCCCUUCGCCACCAUCCUCGGAAACCACGACGACGAAUCCUUCUUGACGCGUGAGCAGAUCAUGAAAAUGACCGCAUCGCUCCCCUACUCGUUGUCCGAAGUCGGCCCGGAAAUGGGUCCUCUAGUCAAAGACAGAAAAGGCCGUCUCGUGCAUGAGGGCGGCGCGGGCAACUACCGAGUCGAAGUCGUCGCCCACAACCGCGCUGAGCACCAAGCGCUGACCCUGUGGUUCCUCGAUUCUCACUCCUACAGUCCUGACCCAAACGUUGAUGGUUACGACUGGAUCAAGGACUACCAGAUCGACUGGUUCAAAAAUACAGCUGAGAGCUUAAAGGAGUCGCAUAACAAAUACUCGUACAUCCAUAUGAACAUGGCGUUCAUUCACAUUCCACUGCCGGAGUACCGUUUGGCCGGUGUUCCAAUGGUCGGUGAGCGUCGCGAGAACCCAACAUCUCCCAGUCACAACUCUGGCUUCCAGGAUGCUAUGGUCGCCGCGGGAGUCACUGUCGUCUCUGCUGGUCACGAUCAUGCGAACGACUACUGCCUCUUAGACAAGAUGUGGCUCUGCUACGCGGGAGGAAGCGGGUUCGGUGGGUAUGGUGGAUAUAACGACUACAUCCGUCGUGUCAGAUUGUUCGAAAUUGAUGCGACCGUGGCUACAGUCAAGACGUGGAAGAGGGUGGAGUGGGAUGAUAAAGGGAAGGUGGAUCUUCAGACCAUUGUCGAGGGCGGAAAGGUGGUGGUACCGCCACCGGCAGCGUAA